ACAUUUCUCAACAGUAAGAUCUUCAAUACUACCACACCAAUAUCGUGAUAAAAUAAUAUUCCAAAAUUGCAUUGGAUUGAAAUUAUAGAAUAGUUUUUUAGAUUGAAAUGCGCCCAGCUAUACAGCCAGGUAUACGUGUAGUACGUGGACCAAAUUGGAUAUGGCAAAAUCAAGACGACGGAGAAGGUCAUGUUGGUACCGUCUGUGAGAUUGGACGCUCUGGAUCGACACAUUCACCUGAAAAUACAGUUGUAGUCAAUUGGGAUUCUGGGCACCGAACAAAUUAUCGUGUUGGCUACCAAAAUCAAUACGACUUAGUUAUUGUCGAUAACGCACAAGUUGGCGUACGUCAUUCGAAUGUAGUUUGUGAUGGCUGCUCCAAGCCCGGCAUAGCUGGCAUUGUUUUCAAAUGCGCUCAGUGCUCCAACUACCAUCUCUGUGCUUAUUGUUACGGCGCUGAUCUGCACGAUACGGAUCAUUCAUUCAUCCGUUACACAACGCCCACAUCACUAGGCGUUCGUUUACCUUCUCGAAAAAAUUCCAAACGAGUUCAACUAAAAGGCAUAUUCGUUGGAGCAAAAGUUGUGCGCGGUCCUGAUUGGGAGUGGGGUCAGCAGGACGGGGGUGAAGGCAAAACUGGGCGGGUUAUGGAAAUUCGUGGUUGGGACAAUGAGUCUUGUAGAAGUGUAGCAAAUGUUUCUUGGGUAACGGGUUCAACAAACGUUUAUCGUUUAGGUCAUAAGGGUAACGUCGAUCUAAAGUGUACUGUUGCGUCGAUAGGAGGUUACUAUUACAAAGAUCACAUGCCUGUCCUAGGUCAACCGGAGGAGCAACAACCUGUUGUACCCACUGUGAAGCCAACAUUCUCAGUUGGCGAUCGCGUAAAGGUGUGUCUUGAUGUUGAAGCACUAAUGAAAUUGCAGCAAGGCCACGGUGGAUGGAAUCCUCGAAUGGUCGAACAGUUACCUAAAUUGGGUACCGUCCAUCGCAUAACAGAGAAAGGCGACAUACGAGUACAAUACGAUAACUGUCCUAAUCGUUGGACCUUUCACCCGGCUGCUCUUGUAAAGGUUAUGUCAUUUCGUGUUGGUGAUCUGGUGACUAUAAUAAACGAUGCGAACAAAGUUCAGCAGCUACAGAAGGGGCAUGGUGAAUGGAUUGAGCUUAUGCGUUAUGCUUUGGGAAAGCAUUGUAAGGUGGUAAAGGUCUACUCGGAUGGUGAUUUGCGUAUUCAGCAACUCGACGAUGGGUUCGAGUGGACACUAAAUCCAAAAUGUGUUCGAUUGGAACGGUCACCAUUAGCUACGGCAGCAGAGCGUUCAAACAGUAUGAUGGAUCUAAGUCAUAGGCGCACAGAUCAUGUCAUGACUCCGCUAUCAGGCCUGUCUGGGACCUCAAUGGCCGAUAAGCUGGUGCGUGAAGCGGCACAAGGUCAUUUAGACUUUGUGAAGCAAUACGUGGACGCCCAUCCAGAACAAGUUAAUGUGAUGAGUGGCGGCAAAGCGUGUAUACAAGUGGCUGCUCAUCAGGGCUAUGUCGACCUAGUAAAAUAUCUCAUUGUCAAAGGCGCCAAUGUGAACGUCGUCGAUAAGGAGGGUGAUUCAGCGCUUCACUAUGCUGCUUUUGGCAAUCAACCCGAAACAAUGCGUGUUCUACUACAAAGUGGGGCCGAUAUAAAUUUUCUCAAUUCGAGUCACUGUUCAGCGUUACAUAUAUGUGCUCACAAGAAAACGCCACAUUGUGUACGUGAACUGCUUCAAUUCGGCGCCGAUGUGAAUAUUCAGGACUCGUACGGUGAUACUGCUUUGCACGAUGCCAUCGGCAAGGAAAACGCCGAAGUGGUUGAACUAUUGUGUAAUGCACCUAAUUUAGAUUUUCUUAUAAAAAAUAAUAGAGGUUUUAACGUACUGCAUCACGCUUCGCUUAAGGGCAAUGUUGUCGCAGCUAAGCGGAUUUUGCAGCUGGCUCGUCAGCUAGUCAAUGUUAAAAAAGACGAUGGUUUUGCCGCUCUGCAUUUAGCCGCGUUAAAUGGUCACGCACGUGUUGUUGAAACAUUAAUAAUUGAGGGUCUGGCAGAGAUUGAUAUAAGAAAUAAUCGACGCCAAACUCCGUUUCUCUUAGCAGUUUCGCAGGGACACGCCUCCGUAAUUGAACGCCUUGUUACGCUCGGUUGUGAUAUUAUGGCACGCGAUGAGGAUGGUGACAAUGCAAUGCAUUUGUGUGUAAUUAAAAAAACUAAUUUGCAACAAGCGACUGAACCAUCUGGAGAAGACUCACCUGAGAUACGAACAAUCUUUGAUAAUCUUUCGCAUGUACUUGAUGAUCGUCUUAUGUACACAAUCCUCUGUUAUUUGUCAUCACGAGGUUGCCGCGUAGAGCAAAAUAACAAAGGAGCAAACAUUUUUGAGUGGAUUACAAAUAAAGAUAUGAAGGAUUUAAUUUUGCGGUACCAAUGUCCAGUGAGUUUGCAGACUGGCGCUCCACAAUCAUUGACAACAAGUAGUGAAGUGACCAAUCCGGCAGGUGAGGUACAACGCAAUAUCCAAACUCUAAAUUUGAAUACAGAUAAUGAUGUCGGUGAAACGGCUGGUGCUAUUGCCGGGCCUAGUAAUCUUACUGCUGAUAUCAUCACUGAUGCAUUGCAGCCAAAUACUUUUACGCAGAUGUCUAACCCGCAUAGAAGCACUCCAACUCAUCAUAUUGAACGCGGCGCCGAAGAACCAGCAAGCUUAAAAAAACUCAACUCUGAUCGACAAGCACAGAUUAAUGCAUUGAGUAGUGGAAGCAAUGUGCUGGACACCCAGUAUGUGCAUAUGACUCCGAUUCCUUCAACUUCCGGUGUAAAUCAAUCGACUGGAAUGCGCAAAAAAGCUCCAAAACCACCUGGAAUGGGCGGUGAAGUAGCUUCAACUGAAGGAGCUGCGGCAUCCAGACCUAGUCCUAAAGCGACACCUCCACCACCACCACCCCCAAAUGUUCCUUUCCACGAGGGUCCUCAAGAAUGUAUAGUAUGCGACGAAAAGUUGCAACUUAUUAAAUUUGAGCCAUGUCAGCAUCAAAUUUCUUGUGAGGAAUGUGGCCUGCGUAUGAAAAAGUGCCUACGAUGCGGUGUGCAAAUAGAGCGACGCAUAGCAGCCGCUGGACGUGUUGUACUUAGUUCGGAUCAAACACGUGUACCUUCCGCUGAUCGUUUAAGAUAUCUGGAGAACAAAAUACAAGAAUAUGAGGAGACACACUAUUGCAGUAUCUGUAUGGAGCGGACCCGUGAUGUCGCCUUUUUGUGUGGUCAUGGUGCAUGCUCACGCUGCGCGGAAACGUUGAGGACCUGCCACAUGUGCCGUAAAACCAUUCUCAGAAAGAUUAAUUUGUAUUAAAAUAGGUUAUUGAGAGCCGAUCGACGCCUACUCUUUAAAAAGCGUAUAUAUCACUGCCAGCUGACGAAGCUGGCAGUAUUUGAAAGCUUAUACAUUGUAAAUAAGGAAAGGUAAAGAAGCAUGAAAGGCAGUCGUGCCUCCAUUACAGAUGGCAGCAGCUUAUGUUAUGUUGAAAAUAAGAAAGUUGAAAGCCAAUAUUCUGAUGACGAUAAUAACGUGGAAAUUUAUUAUUACGAUUGUGUUUAUGACUCUUCACCAUAGUGACGGUGACAAUUACUUACGUCGGAUAUAAAAAUACGUAGUCAUAUGUGCAAACAUACAUACUUUUUAGGUAGUUGUUCCGAAUGUAAUUUGUUAACAUAUUGUAUUGCACUACCAUUUCAGAUGCAUCAAUCACACUUAUUCGAAUUCAGCAUAAUUUAAAAAAACAUUCACGGAUUUACCCACUUAAAAUCAGAUAUAUAAACCAGUGAGCGUUUGCAUGGUUCCGUAAAAACAAAUAUUCUUAAAUAAAAUUACCAAUUAGAAACAAACAAAAAAUAACUAGUAAAAACAUGACUGCAACUCAUAUAUCAGUGUCCAAGCAUACCAAAAUUAAAUGUAUUCUAAAUAAAUAAUAAAAAAUUAAAAA